UACAAAUAAUAGCAUCAUCAUCCCUCUACGAUCUUUACUCCUUUAAUGAUUGAUUUUUAUCUUGUUUCACGGGAAUUGGAAUGCAUAUUGUAUUUUAACCAAAAAGAUACAGCAAUGAGUGAUUCAGAAUUUUUAGACGAUACAGAUCAAGAGGUUUCGGAAUCUCAUUCCAAGCUUCUUGAAGCUGUUUCACAACUUGAUAAGGGCCAAAGAGUAAAGAGAGCAGAAAGAAGUGAACCGACUUUAGAAGUAUCAGAAUUUCAUUUAGUAAAGAGUGGGGUAUCCGAUACCGACACAGUACGUGUACAGGAUUUGGCAAAUGUAUUAGGCAAGAAAGGUCAUCACCUCGAAAUUGCUAGGACUUUACAAUCUGCAAGGAAGAAAGUAAACGUUCUAAAAAAACCUUUGGAAAAGCCUGCUGCGGAUAGAAUAAAAAGGGUGGUCGGAUUUGAAAAUACAAAGAAGGAAUUAAAAAAAUGGAAUGCUGUAAUAACAAGAAACAGAACAGCAGGAUCCCUACAUUUUCCUUUGAAUCAGUCGUCGUCGAUGAGAUUGGAACCAUCUAAAGAAUUUGUUGGAAAAUUCAGACUUCAGUCGGAACUUGAAAAAAAACUUGCUGCAUUAGAACCGCAAAAAGAGAAUAUUAAGGAAAAGGACGAUGACUUCUCAUUGACAAUGAAAGAAAUUAUUAUGAAAAGGAAAGAGACUGCAAAAAUAAGGGCACAACAAUCUUACAGGGAAGCUAAGUCUCGUCGUCAAAAUAAGAUUAAGAGUAAAAAGUUUCAUCGUGUUCAGAGGAAAGAAAAAAUUAAAUUACAAUUGAAAGAAUUCGAUGAAUUGAAAAAAUCUAAUCCAGAAGCUGCAUUAGAAAAGCUUGAACAACUGGAUAAGGCCAGAGCAGAAGAACGAAUGUCGUUGAGACAUAAAAAUACAGGAAAAUGGGCACAAUCUAAACAAGUUCGGGCGAAAUACGAUAAGGAAACUCGACAAGAACUGGCACAACAGUUAUCAGUUGGACGCGAAUUAACACAAAAAUUAAAAAAAGCAGACGAUAGCGACGAAGAGGAUGAAAACAAUAGCUCACCUGUGCUGCCUCCAACUGCAGAUGCAGAAAAUCCAUGGGUGAAUAAUGAUAAAACUGAGUCGGAAGUAGAUAAUUUUAUUAAGAGUUACCGUAAAUAUUGGGACGAACAAAAUGCUCAAUUACAAAGCCAGCAAACGAGUGUAAAUAAGAAAAAUAAUAGUGAAAAUCAACAAGAACAAAUGUCUACAGGAAAUUUGAAGACUGUUCCUAUUAGUGAAGGUAUUUUACGAAAAUAGCAUACGUAUUCAAUAGAAAUUACGAAUUUUAUUAAUGACUUUUUUUUCUUUGCAGAUGAAAAUAUUAAUUGUAAUACGGAGUCGUCUAAAAUUCAAAGCGGCAUAGAGGAUACAAAAAUAGUAAAGCCUAACAACGAAAAUAAAACACAUAUUUCGUCUAAUAAAGUUUCAAAAAGAAAAGUAUCGGAGGAUAAUAAACAGUUGAUUAAAAAAGCUAGAUUUCAAAAAAAAUGUUCAAACAAGAUUACCGCUACUUCUUCUUGGAAUGUAGAAUCUGUGGAACAUGAUCAUGUACAACAUAAAUUUGAUUUUACGUCUACUGUAUCAAAUAAAGAAAAAAUAAGUAAAAUCUUUAAUGCCAUGGAAGAGAAACUGCAAGAUCGAGUGAAUUCAAAACUUCGAAACAUUACAGAAAACUACAAUAAGGUACCCAAGAAACAGAAAAAUAAAAAUGAUAAUAAAUCGGAGGAAGAUAACUUCGAUGGACUUGAAAUGCAAGUUAAAAAUCAAAGACCAGUCAUAGACUCAUCUUUACACGAGAGCCUCAAUGAAAAUGAUAUGGAAACAGACACUGUAUCAGAAAACGCUAAAAAUAUAGAAUACAGUAGUAGUUUAUCUGUAAAUAAACCAGAUGCACGUGCACAGAAACUGAAUGCAUCUGAAAAAGAAAUAGACCCUAGUAAGUAUAUAAAUGUAAAACCCAAACAACUGCAUACAGAUCUACCAGCUGACAUAACAGGAGAUGACGAUGCCUUGGAUGAUAGUGAAAAUGAGGAUGAAAAGCAUAACGUAAUCAGCGAAGCAUUUGCUGAUGAUGAUGUUGUAGAAGAGUUCAGGAAAGAAAAAGAGGAGGAGGUGAAAAAAUCUCAACCUAAGGAUAUCGAUUUAACCUUACCAGGCUGGGGUAAUUGGGGUGGGAAAAACAUAAAAGUAUCGAAACGCCGUAAAAGACGUUUCAUAUUAAAGUUCCCCAAGGAUUUACCCCGCAAAGAUGAGAAUAAAGGAGAUGUAAUAAUAUUUGAAGAUGAUAAUGCUAAUAUAAAGCAACAUCAAGUCAAUGAACUACCAUAUCCAUUUACGAGUGUUAAGGACUACGAAGCUAGUGUUAGAAUGCCGCUCGGAAGAAACUUUGUACCCGAAAAUGCCCACAGAAAAAUGAUCGAGCCUACCGUUAAGACGAGUAUGGGCAAAGUUAUUGAACCCAUGACAGACGAUGUUUUGGUGAAAACAAUCGAAAAGAAACCUCAGAAAUUUAGUGCUAAGGGAAGGAGUAAAAUAAUUAAAAAGAAAAAGAUAAAAUAACAUAGGAGACCUCCUAAUAGAAUUUGUAGUGCCGUCAUAUUUCAUAAAGUAUUUGUAAUGUUAAAUUUAGCAGUUUAUCCUGAUAGUAGCAGAACAUUAUAA